AUGGAUUUCCCGAUAGGAAGUGGUGGUGGUGGCUCAGGUGAUGAGCAAGAACAAUCGAAUGCUCGCAAGGGGAAGAGGUCCUACCAUCGCCAUACCUCUCACCAGAUACAGCAACUUGAAGCAUUCUUCAAGGAAUGCCCGCAUCCGGAUGAUAACCAGCGGCGCCAGUUGAGCAGGGAUCUUGGGCUUGAAUCCAAACAGAUAAAGUUCUGGUUCCAAAACAAGAGGACUCAAACAAAGGCUCAACAUGAGCGAGCAGAUAACUCUACUCUACGGUCAGAGAACGAUAAGAUUCAAUGCGAAAACCUUGCAAUCAGAGAGGCACUGAAAAAUGUGAUUUGCCCAUCAUGUGGAGGUCCACCUUUCGGAGAAGAAGAACGGCAACGUAGCCUACAGAAACUACAGAUCGAAAAUGCCCAAUUAAAAGAAGAGCAUGAAAAGGUAUCCUGCCUUCUUGCCAAGUACAUUGGAAAACCAAUAUCACAAAUUGAGUCAUCGACUCCUAUGCUCGGAUCUUCAAUGGAUGUACUGGCAGCGAUUUCCCGGAAUCAAGGUCCAGGGGCUGCCCUUGAUCAAGGCCAUGGUUCCAGUUCUCCAUUAACAUACCAAUUCAAAAACAUUUCAGACAUGGAGAAGCCACUUGUGUUGGAGACUGCUGCCAGUGCCAUGGAUGAAUUAAUCAGACUUAUGCGAAUCAAUGAACCUCUGUGGAUCAAGUCCCCAGCUGAUGGGGGAUUUGUUCUUCAUCGUGACAGUUAUGACAAGAUCUUCCCUAGGGCUAAUCAUUUCACGAACUCCACUGCUCGUGUCGAGGCAUCAAAAGAUUCAGAAAUAGUGACCAUGAAAGCAAUGCACCUAGUUGAAAAGAUUUUAAAUUCGGAUAAAUGGAUAGAUCUUUUCCCCACAAUUGUUACAAAAGCAAAGACAAUUCAAGUGCUUGAACCUGGGAUGCUAGCAAGUCGAAGUGGCUCGGUGCAGCUGAUGUACGAGCAAAUGCACAUUCUAUCGCCUCUAGUACCGCCUAGGGAAUUCUUCUUCAUUCGCCAUUGCCAGCAAAUCGAAUUAGGCGUCUGGUUAAUUGUGGAUUUCUCUUAUGAUUGCUCAAAAGAGAAAACCUCACCUUCCCGCUCUUGGAAGCUUCCCUCUGGAUGCAUGAUUCAGGAUAUGCCUAACGGGUACUCCAAGGUUACUUGGGUUGAACAUGUGGAAGUGGAUGAUAAAACCCAAACUCAUCGGCUGUAUAGAGAUCUCAUAUGCGGUAAUAUUGCUUAUGGAGCAGCAAGAUGGGUUGUUACACUUAAGAGGAUGUGUGAGAGAUAUACUUACUCCAUAGAUGAUAUUGCACCAACUGGAAUUGGAGGGCUAGGAGUGCUUAAUUUGCCUGAAGGUAAAAGGAGCAUUAUGAAGCUUUCCCACAGGAUGGUGAAGAAUUUUUGUGGAAUGUUAAGCAUGACAGGAAAACUGGAUUUUCCUCAGUUAUCUGAAGUCAACAAUAGUGGGGUUCGAGUGUCUGUUCGUAAAAGCAGUGAACCAGGUCAGCCCAGUGGGAUGAUAGUUAGUGCUGCUACCUCUCUUUGGCUUCCUCUCCCACCUCACCAUGUCUUUAGUUUCUUCAGAGAAGAGAAGACUCGAGUUCAGUGGGAUGUUCUCUCCAAUGGAAAUCCAGUGCAUGAGAUAGCACGCAUCGCAAGUGGAGCUCAUCCAGGAAACUGUGUAUCUGUUAUUCGGCCUUACAUCCCUACAGAGAACAAUAUGCUGAUGCUUCAAGAAACCUGCACAGAUACAACGGGAUCCUUAGUAGUCUAUGCCCCCAUGGACAUACCAGCCAUCAACAUAGCUAUGAAUGGCGAGGACUCUUCAGAAGUACCAAUACUUCCAUCAGGGUUCAUAAUCUCUGGUGAUGGUCGUCCUGAAACUGGCACUAUUGAUGCUUCUACAAGUGCAAAUGCUGUAAGGUCAGGUGGUUCACUGCUUACAGUGGCUUUCCAGAUAUUGGUGUCUAGCCCCUCAUCUUUGAAGCAACUGAACGUGGAAUCUGUGGCCACAGUCAAUACUCUUAUCAGCUCCACCGUCCAAAGGAUUAAGACUUCUUUGAAUUGCUCUGGUUUGGAUUGA